UGCGCAGGCGCAGGGAAGGAUCCGUUUUGGCGGGCGGUUGGCGUUGCGCAGGAGGUGGUGGUAGCGGUGGCCUGUGGCGCAGCUUUACCACAGAGGAGCCGUGCAGGCCUUAGUGUGUGUGAUCACUGUAGAUCCCGGGGAAAGCCAUAGCCACAAUGCUUAACUGCAUGCUUCCAACAUGGGGCUGGUUUUAACCCAGCGCUCUGACCUAAACUGCUCAGCUCCCGGAAAUUCCAAGGACCCUGUGGCCUUACCUUCAGGUGGGUCAACGUGCGACAUGGGAAAGAAAACCAAGAGGACAGCCGACAGCUCUUCUUCAGAGGACGAGGAGGAGUAUGUGGUGGAAAAGGUGUUGGACAGGCGCAUGGUUAAGGGGCAAGUGGAAUAUCUGUUGAAGUGGAAAGGCUUUUCUGAGGAGCACAAUACUUGGGAACCUGAGAAGAACUUGGAUUGUCCUGAACUAAUUUCUGAGUUUAUGAAAAAGUAUAAGAAGAUGAAGGAGGGUGAAAACAACAAGCCCAGGGAGAAGUCAGAAGGAAACAAGAGGAAAUCCAGUUUCUCCAGCAGUGCCGAUGAUAUAAAAUCUAAAAAGAAGAGGGAGCAGAGCAGUGAUAUCGCCCGCGGCUUUGAGAGAGGGCUGGAGCCAGAAAAGAUCAUUGGGGCAACAGAUUCGUGUGGCGACUUAAUGUUCUUAAUGAAAUGGAAAGACACAGAUGAAGCUGACCUGGUUCUUGCAAAAGAAGCUAAUGUGAAAUGUCCACAAAUUGUGAUAGCAUUUUAUGAAGAGAGACUGACGUGGCAUGCAUAUCCAGAGGAUGCGGAAAACAAAGAGAAAGAAAGUGCAAAGAGCUAAAGGAGGGGUGGUCUCCGUCAGUUCUCUUUGUAUAUAAUACCUUCACCUUCCUGCUUCCUCUCCCUUCUCCCACCCUUUCCAUCCUAAACACAUCCAUAAAAAAAUGUGCUUAUCACUGUGCUCCAUGGGAGAGAUGUUGGUAUUGGUUCUCUUGUAAUAUAACUGAUGAUCUGAUUCAUAAGUGUAACUGUGGAAAUCAGGCAUUUACAUGCUUUGUGUUAGUCUCACAGUUUCUUCUUUUUCCCUGAUUUGUUUCUUCUGCUCCCCUGUAACUUUUUAAUCACCUCAGAGUCAUGAUCUUUUAGGGUCACUUGCUUGUUUUUUUACACUGGGGAAUUUUUAUUAUGAUGGUGACUUCAGUUUCUUGAUUGUUAUUAGAAUAUAUUGAUGACCAGCUGGCCUUCGUCUUGGACAUACUGGCAUAGAAAGGAUGUUGUCCAUCUUUUAGGAAGCCAAUAGUGGCAGUCCACCUGUUGUGUCUUUUCCAGUCUCCUUUAGCUCUGCCAGGAGAAUAUAUGGUCCCUGGUGUGGUCUUCUGGGCCACCCCUGUCUGUCCUUGGUUUCCCUCCCAGAACAACUCUGUCCUAUUGGGGGCUUGGCACUUUACAUUUAAAUUUGACAAGGCACUCUGGUUGGCCCUCAGGCUUCUUUGGCCUUGUUAAUGUCAGUCCCUGAUUCUGUUUCUGUAGGGUGGUUUCAGUUUGUCAUAAAAGGACAAGAUUAACUGUGAGUCUGUAAGCUAUACUGCAGGCAGAUAACAGGAUGGGGCUGAUAACAGUUGUCUGGUGUCACAUGGUAUGUAUGAAUUAUUUCCUUCACCAUAUUUAGGCUGUAUUUAUGUAGGUGUGGUUGAUUGCCUGGAGCUUGUGUGUGCCAAGGUGCUGGGCACCCUCUAACCCUGCCAACCUCCCAAAGCAUUCCUGUAACCAAAGAGGCAUCAUAGCAGAUUCACAUCUCAGAGGACUCACAGGCCCUUCUGCGCCAUCAUUCUCAGUUGAGAUUCUUGGAGAGGCGCCACUAGCCACAGUAUCAGUUUCUAAGUACUCGCAGCAGUGACAACUUGUUGAUUUUACUGUCUCAUGACUUGUGGAUUUGCCACCGAGUCUUCAAAGUAUUAAUGUUCCUCCCUGUCUCCACUCUCAGACUUUUAGUUGUAGCUUAUUUUUAUGGAAGAAUAUCACCUCAGAAAGUGACAGGUCUUUUUGACAAAACCUUUUCUCAGAACAAACUACUUACUUUUUGGUUUACUUUUGGUUUUGCUAGUAUAUUGAGAAAGUUUUCUGACCCUAUUCUGUUUUUUUGUCUCCUGAGAAAUGCCCAUCUUUUCUUCUCUUUUUUUCUUAUAUAGUUGAGGAUGGAGAAUCAGGACUAAAGGAAACAACAGGGUUUGGAGCUGAGCAUUCUUGUCUCAGCUCCAAAGUUGAGGAAAAAGAAAAUGCUGAGGUAGCCUUAAUUCUAGAUUUCAUCAGCUACUGAGGCUGUUUUUGUUGUUGCCUUUGAUUUUUAAAACAUAGCUGUGUGGUGGGAGCAUCCAGCCAUUUCUAGAUUAUUCAUAGUAAUGAGAGGAAUCUAUGGAGUGCUCCAGUACUCAGAUGAGCCAAAUAAUAUGCAAAUUAUGUACCCAUUCAUAGCACUUGUUAACGAUGCUUUCCUGCCCAGCUGCUGAUUGAAUUCUGUAUAAAUUAUGUCAACAAUUAUACUGCACAGUUGAGAAGACAGCUGUUGCUGCAGUGACAUGGCAGAUAGACAAUGAAGCUUUGCUGUAAGUCAGCCAGGAAGAUACUGUGAAUGGUAAUGUGGGGAAGAGCGCCUCACCCAUACCUCAUUGGGGUGUUUUCUCCAUAGUCCACUGGUCUCUGGAGGAGUUAGAUCAAGUGCUGGGUAAGUGACCAUUGUCUGUAUGUAACAGAGAAGUGAAGGAGGGUUAGAAAGCAGAUUUGUUGUACAGGCAGCCAAGGAUAGUAGUAAUUAGGGUAGAUGAAAGUAGGACAGAUGUAAGCCAGAGCUCCUGAGGUGAUCUGAGCCUCUUGAUUGGCAGUUGGAGGAAAAGGCAGCCUGUCUGAGUAGUCAGUGAUCGUGAGCUUGUAAAUUGCAGUGUCUGCAUUUUUUUAAACAAAAUCUUAGCCUGUGGGCAAAUAUAACAAUGAUGGUUGGUAUUAAGAUUGGUCCUAAAAAGCCAGGCCUGGUGGCAUAAGCAUACAGUCCCAGACUGAUUCAGGGCUGUUGUAUAUUCAAGGUGUAUUGGGGAACUUAGUGAGACCCGAUCUCAAGAUGAAAAGUAAAAAGGACUGAGGAUGUACUUUGAGAGCUUAAUCCUUUGUAAUGCAACAAAUCAAGGGAAGCUUAAGGCACAUAAUUGCUGUGAUGACUGACAGGUGAUGUCUAACAAGGUCUUGUACUGUUUACCAUGGUUCUAAUAUUCUCUGUGUAGCUCAGGUCCGCCUGCCUCUGCCUUCUAAGUGCUGAGAUUAAAGGUGUGUGCCACUGCUCCCUGACUGAUUUUAAUACUCUUUACACCGUCUUUUCUGUCCUCAGUUCAUGUAUUGGUUUUCUGCAAAGUAUUACCAAAACACCCUUCUUUUCUUCUUAGUACUUUUGCUGGUUAUAUGUAGAAAUAAGGAACUGGAUCCCAGUAUUAUCUUUAGUCCUCAGUGUGAAGACGCCAGACACUCCCUUGUGCUUCCUACAUGGGUGGGUGCCAAGUAGCUUGUUUCUGUGGAGAACUGCAGCCUCAGACAGAAGUGUUUCCUAGAGCUUUCUUCCCAUUAAAGUUAGCGGCCAAAGGUAAAACACUCCUAAAUACUGGAGUAUAUUCUCUUGUGUUAAUUCUCUUUUAGAACUAAUUUUGUGCUACUUGGAAUUGAACUUAGGGCUAGCUUUGACAUGCCAGGCAAGUGCUCUGCCACUGGACUGAUGUUUUCAUAUGCCCCUUCAUCCCCAUACAUCAUUUUGUUGUUGUUUUACAGACAAGUCUGAAUUUACUUUGAAGCUAAGGAUGGCCUUGAAUUUUUGAUCUCUUGCCUCUCUCUCCCAGUCUUUAGGAUUAUAAGUAUAUGCCAUCAUACCUGCCUCUCUGCCCCUUUUAAAAGUUUGUAUAAUGAAACUUGGCCUUCAAAGUCUACUUCUGGCUAAGUUUGGUGGUCCCACACCUUUAAUUCCAACAUUUAGGAGGCAGAAGUAGGUGAAUCCCUGAAUUGGAGGCUAGCCUGGUCUAUACAGUGAGUUUUAGGCCAGCCAGAGCUACAUAGACCCUGUUGAAAGAGGAAAAUAAGAAAAGGCUACCGAGACUAGCCUUGAACUCAGGCUCUUUUUUUGUAUCAGUGUGUGCCACCAUGUCAGGCUCUUCUUGAAAGUUAUUUAUCUUAUGUACAUGGGAUUUCUUCCUGCAUGUAUGUCUGUGCACCAUGCGCAUGCCUGGCUCCCUAGGCAACCAGAAGAGGGCAUCAUAUCCCCUGGGAUAGAAGUGAGCUCUAUGCGGGUGUUAAGAAUCACAUCCUGGUCCUCUGGAAGAGUUGUCAGUGGUCUCAACUGCUGAGCCUUUUCCCCACCCCUUGAAAUAGCUUUUUAAUGCGGAACUAAUUUCUGUCUUUUUUUUUCCUGUGUCGUGCUAGCUGUUUCUUGGCUUCACCCUCCAAUGCUCAGGUCUUGCCAGCUUUACGCAGAAGCAGAAGUGACCUGGGUGACCACCAACUUCAUACAUUGCUGCUCACAUUCCCACAGCAUUAGCAUAUGUCAGUCUUGUCAGUCAACGAGCAUUUUCGGCUCAGGACACAAGCUUUAAACACCCUUGCCCCCUAGAGAGCUUUGAUAAUGGUGUGGGAUGAACUGAUCAUAGUUUUGUAUAACAAACACUACACAUGCAUAUACAUUUCUGGUUUGGGGACAGAAUCAAGCAGUCAAGAGUACGGAAGGAUGGGUCUUGAGUGGGCAGUUUAGUGGCAGAGUGCUGGGGAUGCAUCCACAAAGCCCUGGGUUCCCACAGGGACCGGAGGACCUACAGAGGAGGGUGCCGUUAAUUGGUUCAUCUGUGGUAAAGACCUGUGGUCUUGGAUAAGCUGAGUUAGCUGGCCAUUGGAAGCAUUGCCGAAAAUAAAGGAACACAUUAGAAAUGCUGUUAUUGCCAGAGAGUACAGAGUAAGUGAGCACGGAGACCCGUUGUUUGGCCUCCACAAACCACGGACGACUGUAGUAGCUGCGCUCGUAGAGAGCGCUGCCUGGGGUGCAGAAGCCAUUGUAUGUGGUGGUGUCGCAGGGCCUUUGUAUAUUUCCUCUUGGUGGGCAUUUUAGCAAGUUGCUCACAGUCUUCAAUUUCUCACCCUUCUGGAGAAAGGUGAGGAGAAAGAAAGGAGAAAUGUUAGGUUGGCUUUAAAGCCCCAAGCAUACUAAUGACAGACUUUGUUAAAAGAAAGCUUAGGGAAUGUCUGCUAAUAUCUGAGCAUCUGCCUCUGGGUCACAUGUAGCUCUGUCCAAGCAGCGCCAGAGGGUUCCAAGCAAUACCUGUGUUGCUUAGGUAAAAUCUUCCCCAGAAAGAACAUCACCUGGCUCUUGAGACUUUUAUCUGUCCGGGAAUGUGUGUCAUAAAGCCUUCCCAGUUGAUAAACAGUCGUUUUCAGGUUCUCAGUCUCACUCUUGAGAGCACAAGAAAAAGGUCUUAGCUCUACCUGGAUAAUUGACUGACUUAGGAAGUCAGAAUUUCCAGGAAUUCAAAUUAACUGCUCUAGAAAGUUAAAAUGUGAAGUUUCUUGUUUCUUUUUUGCUUGUACUGAGUUUUUUGAAUUUUAAUCUACCUCGUCUUGUUUUUGUUACUUCUGUCAUUGCCACUUGAACAUCAAGCUUGACUUUGGUUCUCUAACCGACAGUGACAGUUCAUUACCUUGCGUUUCUUCUUGGCCCUCGUUUCACCUAACAUCAUCUCCUAUUGCUCCUGUCAGAAAUAUGUUUUAAAGUCUUGUUUUAUGGGAAGAAGUAAUCCACCAAUGCUGUUGUCUUUGAGGUCAGUGAGAGAAGGCGUUAAACAUGGUGGUGGAGGAGGGGCAGACCCUGCACUGGAGGCAGAAGCUGGCAAGGAAGGAGCUAUUAAUUAAAGAAAAAUUCAAAGUCAACGAUUGUGAUCGUUAAUGUCACAAUAGAUCAAAACCUAAUUAUCGCAGCCUAGGCAAGAGCCAUCAGUAUUAAUCGGAAAAUCUAAUAGGAAACUAUUAUCAAGAAAUUAUGCCAAAUUGAAUGCAAUGAACUUUUUAUCAUCCUCUUGUUUUGGUAAUGGUCUUUGGCAAGUAUGACCCUAACAGUUGGUUGAAGCCCAAACGGGUAGUUUCACUUGUAAAGAGCUUUUUUGUUUUGUUUUAGUAUCCCAGGCUGGCCCCAGUGCCUACAGUCCUCCUGCCUCAGCCUUGAGCACUGGUAUCGUGAGGGGUACGUGCAUUCAUGGUAGUGUGGGUGGGUGAGAGAGAAUUGAAGUCAGGGCCUUGUACACUAGACAAGCGCUCUACUACUGAGCUACAUAUUCUUAGCUCAGCGUGUUUCGUUAGGGAGGGUCCCAGACACACUGAAUCUGAGCUGUCAUUGCUGAAGCACCAACCUUGAAUUUUAUCAUCAUCUGCGUUUGUCUAGUCUAAUCAGAUAAGUGGAGCAUGUACAUAGAAAAGUCUUAGGCUGUUCCUGGUGAGCUUUGUGCUGGUGUGUUCCUGUUGUCAUCCUUUGAGUUCCUGGUUUGUGGAGAGUUCUGUGCUGGCUGCCGUGAAGGCUGUGGGAAGAGGGGCGUGUCCUGCUCUGAAAGUCUUUGAGAACUAAGAAGAUAGUUUCCUCUAUGUUACAGCAUUUUCAGAAUGCAGGUCAGCGUUUUCCAGGUUCCAGUAGCCUGAGGGUUUGAUUCUCAACCAGCUUGGCAGUGCCCCCCACCCCAGUAGUUUUAAGAUAGCAACAUAAUUCCAAGGGUGGGAAGGGUGGCAGCUGCUUUGUUUGGUGGUUUGUCUCUGCUUUCCUUUCUGUGUUAUGAGUUGUAUCUGGCAGCAGGAGAAGCCAUCACUCUGUCCUUAAGCGCUUGGGUUGGGUGAGGCCGGCUAUGGCAGAGCUGCUGCCUUUAGGUGUCAGGAGGAAUGCCAGGCAGCCCUUCACUGUGCCCUGCAGCCCUGCCGAGCCUCAGGUGCCCAGAGCUGCUUGCUGACCUGGGAAGACCCUGCUGUUCUCUGCAUUUGGGAAGCCUGGGUUACGCAGUAGAAGACUGAGAAAUCAAUGUCUUUUUCUCUUUCUCUCUCUCUCUCUCUCUCUCUAAGACAGCGUUUCUUGGUGUAGCAGUGGCUGUCUUGGAACUUGCUCUGUAGACCAGGCUGGCCUCGAAUUCAGAGAUCUGCCUGCCUCAGCCUCCUGAACACUGGGACUAAAGGUGUGGUGUCCACCACCACCUAGCUAACCCUAUUUCUUUGUUUUGUUAUUUUGGUUUUUUCAAGACAGGGUUUCUCUGUGUAGCCUUGGCUGUCCUGAACUAACUCAAUAGAUCAGGCUGACCUCGAACUCACAGAGAUCCACCUGCCUCUGCCUCUGUGGGCGCUGAGAUCACAGGCGUGCACCACCAUGCCCAGCAACCCUUCCUAAGUGAAUUUUACUGUUUAAAAUGCAACUUAAUUUUCAAAAUGGCACUAGGGCAGUCUUCAGAGGCAGGUGGUAUGUGCAGGCUCUUCAGGUUACUCCAGGUGAGCGACGGUGCUCAUCUGGUUGCACCAACGUGACUGAAAAGUGAGAUGUUGUAAUGGGCACUUGUGUGCCAGCCUCCCCAUUGGUCUUAAUGGCCGGCCUUGGGCAAGUCUUUCCUUUCAAUGCCUCAGUGCCCCAUCUGUUAAAUGGGGUGAUAAUACUGACCUACCUCAUGGGGUGUUGAGAGGGUUACAGAUCAGAGCUGAUGACUCCUUUGGGGUUGCCUGUGGAGAAUGCCUUGAGUCCAAGUUUUUUAGCCCUCACUGAGUUGUUUCUGAGUGUGGAAAUACUUAGUGACAUUGGUGAAUUUCCACCCCACCCCCAGCCCUCAUCAAAGCUGCUAGUUCAGAUUUUGACAGUGUUUGUGAAUGUUGGAGUCUUGAUCAUCCAGACUAACUUGGGAUGCCAUGGGGAAAGGCAGGCACUUGUGGGUUUUCUGUCUUGCAUCACAAAGAGGCCAUUUGAAACCCAAGAGUCUUAGGUGAGGGAGGAUGAUGGAAUGCUCUCUGCAGGUUGGGAGUUGAGGUCCUAUUCCUGUGGACUUACAGCCACUUCUGACUGUCUUGGUUGCAAAUCAACUCGUGGUAGUUUGGAUUUAUAGUUUUUAUUUUCCAGGCUGAUCCUAGAACAGUUAGUUUGUUGAUCCCUUCAUGCUCCUAAGCCUCUGCCCUUUCAUACAAACCACAUGUUCAAGCAACAUAACCCUACCAUCUCCCACCAAAAAGCUACAUUGGAUUUUUUUUUUUUCCAGAAAUAGGUGUAACAUUGAAUUGAGCAUUAGGUUCUCAAGGCUUCAUCCUGUGUGGAUUCUGUGGCCUCUUUCUUGGUGUCCACAGUCUGACCCUGACUGAGGACAUCUUGGACACAUGUUUGCCCAAGAGCCUUACCCUUUCUGUCUCACUUUAGGGGCCAAGGCAGCCCCCAGCUCUUUCAGACAGGGCUCUUUUCCCUUUCCCCUAUUGACCCUAGAUUGGUAACCCAUGAAAAGCACAAGGGCCUGGCUCUGUAGCACAGGCUCCCGCUGUUGGAUGGGCUCUGCUCCUAACAGGUGUCCUGGGCCUUCCCUGGAGGGUGGGAAGGAGCAGUCUCAUGUCCUGCCAAGCAGCUAGCAGCUGCCUUACCUCUGCCUGCUGUGUUGCACCUUGUCACAGAAGGGGUUUGCGGAGACCCUAGAGGUGGGCUUCCUCAGCACUUGGCCAUUCUGCGCAGGAAGCAGGUCACCUUGUAGCCAGGCGUCUGGACGGAGGAAGACAUUGAAUUCUCUGUGGGCUUCUUUGGUUGUGGGGGAGUUUUGGUUACGUUUCUUGGUUUUGUUUCAGCUAAACUUGUCUGCUUUUGAUUUCUUUAAAGAAUAAGUGAUAUAUAUAUGUUUGCAUUUUAAGUGUACAUGUUUUUAAAAAUAGACAUGUCUUUCUACAACUGACAUCCAAUUCAAACAUCAUUCUCUCCCCCUUCCACCCUCUUUUGCCCCUUUUCAUACUCUUGUAUUGGUUCUAAUAAACGGUUGCUUUUCAAAUAUG